GUUAUGAAAAAGAAAAAAAGUCUAUUGGCAAGAGAAGAAGAGCAAAGAAGAGUGUUUCAAUGGAGUCUGCGCUUACAGCUUCUAACUGGAACCGUUGCUUCCUUCAUCCCCUCAACACCACCACCACCACCAGGAGGCCCUUCUCCGCCACCGCUUUCCGCGUCCGCUGCUCCAUCAAGUCCUACCGUUUGUCCAACCUUUCUCACUCUGAGCUUCUCAGCCUCAAAACCCGUCCUCGCAUUGAUUUCUCAUCGAUUUUCAGUGUGGUUAACCCCAUUGUUGAUGAUGUUCACCAAAGAGGGGAUGCUGCAGUGAAAGAAUAUACUUCAAGGUUUGACAAAGUUGAGCUAGAUAAGAUAGUUGAAGUUGUCUCGGAGCUCCCGGACCCAGUGCUUGAUCCACCUGUUAAGGAAGCUUUUGAUGUCGCCUACAGCAAUAUUUAUGCCUUUCAUGCUGCUCAGAAGUCAACUGAGAAAAGUGUUGAGAACAUGAAAGGAGUCCAAUGCAAGAGAGUUGCUAGGAGUAUUAAUUCCGUGGGUCUUUAUGUUCCAGGGGGAACUGCUGUGUUACCUUCAACGGCCUUGAUGCUUUCAGUUCCUGCACAAAUUGCUGGAUGUAAAACUAUUGUUCUUGCCAAUCCUCCAACUCGGGAUGGCACUACAUGCAAGGAGGUACUCUAUUGUGCAAAGAAGGCUGGGGUCACUCACAUUCUUAAAGCUGGAGGAGCGCAGGCCAUAUCUGCAAUGGCUUGGGGAACAGAAACUUGUCCAAAGGUUGAAAAGAUUUUUGGCCCUGGAAACCAGUAUGUCACAGCUGCAAAAAUGAUACUUCAAAACAGUGAAGCCAUGGUUUCAAUUGACAUGCCAGCUGGUCCAUCUGAAGUUUUGGUUAUUGCGGACAAGAAUGCAAUUCCUUCUCAUGUAGCUGCUGAUUUGCUUUCCCAGGCUGAGCAUGGCCCUGAUAGUCAGGUAGUUCUUGUUAUUGCUGGAGACGGUGUGGACCUGAAUGCAAUACAGGAGGAACUCAGCAAGCAGUGCCAGAGUCUUCCAAGAGGCGAGUUUGCCUCUAAGGCACUGAGCCACAGUUUUAUUGUGCAUGCACGGGAUAUGCUUGAGGCCAUUACUUUCUCAAACUUAUAUGCACCUGAGCAUCUAAUUAUCAACGUGAAGGAUGCAGAGAAGUGGGAGAGUUUUAUUGAGAAUGCAGGUUCUGUGUUUUUAGGGCAGUGGACACCUGAGAGUGUUGGUGAUUAUGCAAGUGGGACAAACCAUGUCCUUCCUACAUAUGGAUAUGCAAGAAUGUAUAGUGGGGUGUCAUUGGACUCAUUCCUGAAGUACAUAACAGUGCAGUCUCUCACAGAGGAAGGUCUAAGAAGGCUUGGGCCAUUUGUAGCAACCAUGGCUGAUGUUGAAGGUCUUGAAGCCCACAAGAGAGCUGUUACCUUGAGACUUCAGGACAUAGAAGCCAGGCAGGUUCAGAGAUGAUGAAUCAAUCCAUUGUUCUCUAUAUCUUCUGCAAGAUGCUAGCUCUUAACUAUUGGCUAUGUUUAUGUAGCAUUUGUAACUUAAAUGUUGCCAUUUUACAUCUAUGUAACAAUAAUUGCAUUUUUACUAUAAUAAUAAUGUUAAUGUCCAAUUGAUUGAUCUUUGGUUA